AUGAAAUGUUUCAGCCCAAAUGAAAGUUCACCAAAGGUCACCCCCCUUUGUUUUCCCGGUCCUACACACACGUUGAACUCUCGGGCAUGUGAGUGGAAUUGUGGAUUAAUUGCGGUUGCGUAUCAAUCGAUCAUUCACAUAGUCAAUCCAAUCAGUUGUGCGUUUUGUUAUGCAUACAACGGUCAUACGUCUCAAGUGACUUCAAUUGCAUUCAAAACAAAUGAUUUCCAACUCACGACACAGACUCCAAAUGAUGUCGACAUAGUCAUUGCGUCUGGCGAUGUCUCCGGCAAUGUUCAAAUAUGGGGGAUAUGGUCCACCAUCAAACCACUUCAAAUCAAUCACUCCGAGAAUUCUCCUGUUGUUUGUAUUCAAUGGGACAAAUGUAAUGCCUCAGCAAUUAUCGUUUUAUAUAAGAAUGGUGUAUUAAUAUGUUACGACACCAUAUCGAAACUCAGUUUAUGGGAAGUGAAAGAGUCAUUUAAAGAUCCAAUCGGUUUCACCAACUCCGUCUAUUCGAGAAGUUCAUUUGGAGUGUAUGGUGGACAGACAAUGUGUUUUUGUAACUUGGCAUCCAGUGUGUUUAAGGGGUAUGAACUGGGGCAACCAACAACUAACAUUCUUCGAGUCGGGGAAGAUGUCCUUCGUCUUCGCUUCUCGAACAUUAGACGACAAAUCACGUACAUUUUGUUAACAAAUCACUUUUUAAUAUUCGACACGAUGCUCCAAUUCAGUUUGUCGACGAUCGACUUACCAGAAGAGCCGAUGGAUUUCUGUAUGAUAUAUGAUGAAUCCCUCUUUGUUCUUCUCACCAAACAAGGGAAUGUGUAUGUCUACGAAAUAAAGAAUGGCGUCCAAUUUAAGUUGUGCGGGAAGAUGGAGAUCACACCAAUACUCUCACGAGACAACAAACAGCGCAAAUACACAACUUUGGGGAUUGUCACCGACUCCACUGAUAAUUCGAAUUUGGUCAUUCGGAUGUUAGAAGGACCACUCAUUUUACUCAAAUUACGCGUUAACCCCUUUUUCAUCGAAGUGCAGGGGAUUAUCCAUACGAUGGCAAGUAACUUAACAAAUAUAGUUUCGAAGCAAAUCUACAGUUCUGGAGUAACAAGUGAUGGUACAGUAUAUGUGAUGAGGGGCGGAGAGAUAUACCGAGUCAUAGAAGUGACCAAAGUCAAGAUCAACGGAGUUGUAUGGAUAGGAGAGAACAUCGGGCUCUUUGGCGCAAAGACUAAAAGCCAUGAUGGUGAGCCACAAAAUGGGAUAGUAGUGAUAGACCCGAUGAAUGGGGAAGAAAAGGCGUUUCUCAAAUUGCGGAAUUUCUAUGGGGAAGUGAAGAGUGUUGUGAGUGACAAAGAUGGGAGUGUGUUAUGUGUCGCGUACCAAAGCGGGAUUGAAGAGAUUUCAUAUCCGAGUGGAAACGUCUUAAAUAUGUAUGAGAAGAAUUCGACUGGAAUUUGUUAUGAGAAUGGUAUUCUAAUAAUAGACAAGAAUGAAUAUAGACGAUACGGCACAUGUUGUGAAUAUAAAAAAGGGCAAUUCACUGCUAUAGCGUGCAAAGACCCGUUUGUGUUAUUGAGUGACACAAAAGGAAAUUUAGUGAGACUUUGUGCGGGGAAGAGUAAAAGUGUGAGUUUCUUUAAGAAGAUCACUAAGAUCAUAUUUAACCCCAAGAAGGACUGUUAUCAUGCUAUUAUACUUGGAGAGCAAGUUGGUAUCAUCGACGUGUCCACUCUUCAAAUUGUGAGUGAAACGAAAAACUAUUUGACGGUGAUAAAAACGAGUGUUAAAGAUGUGUUUUGGAUGAAUCAAUAUCCUGCUGUCUUGUUAUCGACUGGAGAAAUAUAUGUAUUGGACAUAGGUCUUCUUGUGUGUUGUAGUAUGUUUAAAGACACUUCUAUCAAACCGUCGUUGUAUUGUUUGGACCCAUUGAAAAGAAGAGAGAUGUUUUUCAAGAUCUUACUUGGUGUUGACACAUACGAGAGUGGAGAACUCAACACCACCGACAACACAACCGGUGGAAUACUUAACAAGUUGAUUCAAUUAAACAACGAAGUGAAAGACUUCAAACACGUGAAGUUUUGGGAAUUAAUGCAGUGGGUCAUUCAAUCCAAAUUGCCACUCAUUGGAAGUCCAUAUGUUGAUAUCGAUGACGCUGUUAUUCAACAAGAUGACACGCUUUCGCAGUAUACAAACUCACUUAAAAACUUUGCAGUGAAAGGUGGGAAGCAACAGAUGUAUUACCACGCGUAUGCACUGUCGGACAUGCGUGUUGGAAAACGUGAAGAGGCCUUUGCACAUUUUUUAAAAGUGUUAAAAAGUCCGUAUGAUGGCGAAUAUAUGAAUUACGCGAUGCGGGCUUGCUUAUUAUCAUUGACGAUGGAAGGCAAUCCCGAGUCGCGACAAAGGCUUGUUGUGUCGAUGUUUAACGAUCCAACAGUAGACAAAACGCACCUCAUUCAACUCCACAAGUUACUCAAUCAAAAUAGGGAAGUCUGUAAGUUGUAUAUUGACCUUGGCAAAUUAGAGGAAGCUAUGGUCGUUGCGUCACUGUUUUUGGAUGAUGAAGAAAAGACGUAUAUAUCACUCAGUAUUGUAUUGAAGUACAUGUUUGACAAUUGUUGGCCUAAGGCAAUCGAGUUGUUGACAUCUAUGGGGCGGCUAAUAGAUGUUGUCAGAAUGUUAUUAUACACGGGACACAUCGAAGUGGCUGCAGAAGUCUGUAUGGUCAUCAUUGAGUAUAAUGUGUUUGACUUGGACACAUCACUGGUUUACACGUAUCAACUCAUUCAUGUUCCUUACCAAGACGAGAGAAAGUUCAAGACACUACGAGAACUGAUCAAGCAAGUGAAUACCGAAUUCAUCCACUGCUUGUCAACAUGUCACGAUGGAAAACGUCUUGUGGAAGCUUUCAAAAAGUCGAAGUACGACAUUUAA